CCUUUCCUGUUAACUCUGUCUGGGAAUAGUCGUGAGCUGGAGUUGGACUGAGCAAAGCUGUUGGUUCCUGAAUCAACACAGUGACCCAUAACACUGUGAAGACAAAACAAUACCUAGAAUGAACUUCAUUUUCAGAAAUGUCUUUAGUAAACUAAAUUUGUGCUCUAAUUUCAACUAUGCAGCUCUUAACUGCAUUCAAAGGGCCAGGGGCCCCCUGCCGUUGGUUACAUUACCCCAGCCACGUCACCUCCAUAUCGGGGAGCGGGCCUCUCUCACCAAGGCCUUCAGCGCCAGGGACGUGGCGGUCUUCGCCGAGCUCACCGGGGACGUAAACCCCAUUCACCUGGACCCAACCUAUGCCAAGACCACGUCGUUCGAGACACCCAUCGUCCACGGCGUGCUGAUAAACGGACUGAUCUCGGCCAUUCUGGGGACCAAGAUGCCGGGGAGCGGCUGUAUCUUCCUGUAUCAGGAAAUCAGGUUCCCGGCGCCUCUGUACAUCGGGGAGGAGGUUCUGGCUGAAGCCGAGGUGAAGAAGAUCAAGAUGUCCUUCGCCUUCAUCGCAGUGACCUGCUCCGUCAAAGAUAAAGUGGUCAUGGAGGGGGAGGUCAUGAUCAUGAUGCCAGAGGAUCAGCAACCAAGGGCGCGAUGAUGAUGAUGAUGAUGACAGUUGGAAGGAAUAUUGUGGCCUCAAAUCCAGUCUGUGCUAACAUUCUACUCCUUGUCAUGCCAAACUGAGAAGGGGUGGAAUGUUAGCACAAACGGACUGUAUUUGAAGCUAGUUGGUGGAUAUAUUGUAGUCUGUCUUGACAUGACAGACUUGCGCUAACGUGAGAUUUGGUUCUGGCGGCAGGGAUUAUGGGAAAUAUGUAGUGGUAAACCUGUACUUUUGUUUAACUGGCUUUUUGGGGAUAUUUUUAUGUUUGUAUGGCUUGAGUACCUGUGUGAUAGACAAUCCAUCCGUCUCACACCCCUCUAGGAACAGCUCAGAGGUAGUGUCUGUUGUGGGGCUACCUCCGAAGCAUCUUCUGACAAAUGCCUGCUAAAUCAGUGGCACUGGAAUGAUCCUUGUUUUGCUCAUAAUUUUCAAAUAAGUGUUACAUGGUCUUGUGCUCUUGUAUUACAAAUGAUUGCGUACAAUGUUCUUAGGUUAAAUGAUGAUUUAUUGAAUUUGAGGCUAUUUGUGUUUGAUCAAAGAUCCUUCUUAGCUGUUUUGUAAAUAAAUUACAUAAUAAAGACCUAGGUUAAUGUAUAUAGGCACAUCUGAAUUACAAAUAAAUGUCAUCUAAGCAUUUUCAA